AUGGACCACAACCCCGCAGAGCACGAUGAGGUCGUAUCUCAGUUCUGUGCUAUGACAGGCACACAGCCUGAACAGGCCCAGCAAUACCUGGCAGCCAACCACGGCGACAUCGAAGCGGCUGUAACCGAGUUCUUCGCGGAGCAAGAUGAGGCCUUACAGGAAAUGAACACAGGCGGUGGCCGACAACUCGGCACUGAACAAUCUUCUAAUGCACCUGGAGGAGGCCGUACACUGGGUGGAGGUGCUGCUACAGCUACUUCGGCUGCUCCGGAGGCUUCGUCAUCUUCCCGCCUCUCGGCACCCAAAAAGAAGUUUGCGACACUGGGGGAUUUUUCUACGGGAGACGGCGGCCACGACUCGUCGGAUGACGAUGACUCGGUGGAUCAAGAUUUCUUUGCGGGAGGAGAGAAGUCCGGACUGGCUGUGCAAAACCCGGACGAUCUCAAGAAGAAGAUUCUCGAAAAGGCUCGACGGGCCCAGCCCCCGCCUUCAGACGAACCUCAAUCGCGUCCUUCUCAUUUCACCGGCACCGCGCGCACCCUCGGCGGCGACGACGCCCCAAGCCGUGUAGUUGAAGACCUGGCCGGCCCUGCACCAGAGCGUGCCCAGCGCGUUCAGCGAACCCUCCACUUCUGGGCCGAUGGAUUCUCGGUUGACGAUGGUGAUCUUUAUCGAUCCGACGAUCCUCGUAACGCCGAGAUUCUUGAGGGUAUCCGCCAGGGUCGCGCCCCUCUGACGAUUAUGAAUGUUCAGGCAGGACAGGAAGUGGACGUUGAAUUGAAGCAACACGAAGAGAAAUUCACCAAACCGAAGCCCAAGUACAAGCCCUUCUCUGGCGCUGGCCAGCGUCUUGGAAGCCCGACUCCUGGUAUCCAGAGCCAGCCAUCUGCACCCCCCGCCGCUCCCGCCCAGUCGAGUGGUGGCCCCCCGAGCCCCAGGUGGAUGAAUCGCAACCCGCAGUUACUCUUCAAAUUCGCCUGGGCGACGGAACUCGUCUGA